UCAACUGUCAAAUGAAAAACUAAACCAUAAACUUUGGCUGUAACGAUUUUUUAUAAUUAAUUUAUUUUCUCCCCACAACAAAGACAAAAAAUAAUGAAAUAAAUGAAGAAACCAAUGGAAGCAACUGGAGACCAACUGAUCUUAGCCACUGGUGGCUAUGACCACACAAUAAGGCUCUGGCAAGCCCACACAGGCAAUUGUAUUCGGACCAUACAAUUUCACGAAUCAUCGCAAGUAAAUGCCUUGGAGUUUUCACCAGACAAAAGCAUGGUAGCAGCAUGCGGCUACCAAUGUGUUCGCAUGUACGACAUGGACUCCAACUUCAACAACCCCCUGAUAGCAUUCGAUGGUGCACAGAAAAACGUCACCCGGCUUGGUUUUCAAGAGGACUUCAAAUGGAUGUUUACCGCCGGCGAAGAUUGCCGUGUUCGAAUUUGGGACAUGGACAUGUCAUUCGGAUUCAGCACACCUGCCUGCUCGCGGGUAUUUGACUGUCAGGCGCCCAUCAAUGCCGCUUGCUUACAUCCAAACCAAGUGGAGAUCGCCGUGGGUUCACAAAACGGUGGCGUAUUCCUGUGGGACGUUAAGUCUGAAAAUCACGACCAAUUGGUGCCCGAAGUCGAUGCAUCCAUCCAGGACAUUACAAUCAGCCCCAAUGGAAUGUAUCUGGCAGCUGUUAACAACAAUGGCAACUGCUACAUAUGGACUCUAACCUCAUCAAGCAAUCAAAAACUCAGUACAUUGCAAGCGAAGCAAAAGAUCUACGCACACAAACGCUAUGUGUUGCGUUGUAAAUUCAGUCCGGACUCAAGUUUACUUGUAACGACAUCAGGCGAUGGUACGGCUCGUAUUUGGAAAACCGAUGAUUUCCAAAUGUGGAGAGAACUGUCUAUAGAAAACUAUUGGAUAUGGGAUGCAGAAUUUAGUGCUGAUUCUAAGUAUCUUUUCACUGCCUCUUCGGACGGUAUUGCCCGACUCUGGAAAUUAGAAACCAAAAAUGCCGAACGAAAGUACAUCGGUCACACCAAAGCCAUUACGGCUCUAUCAUUCAAAGACGAAAUUAUUUCCGAAUAGUAGGUAGCUCUAACUAUAGGUAGUUUAGCUUAAAAGUUGUCGACAGAACUCAUAACAAAAAAAAACAAAGUAAUAGUCAUUCAAUAAAAUGUUUUGUAUUGUUUUUAACUACAAGAAUCGAAAAACAUA